GGCCGGGCGCGUCGCGCGGCAGCCGGCACGCGCAGGCGCUGCCAUGGCGACGGCGGCGGAGGAGCGGGGCCGAGACGCGGCGCGGGAGGAAGGCCCGGACGGGGCCCGGGAUGAGGCCGCGGCCGGCGCGGAGGAGACGGUGAAGAUCAUCUGCCUGGGCGACAGCGCCGUGGGCAAGUCCAAGCUGCUGGAGCGGUUCCUGCUCGAUGGCUUGUAUCCUUGGAGCGGGGGCGGGAGGCGGCGCGGGCGGGGCGGGCGGCGGCGCGGGCCGCGCUCCUCCGUGCUGCUCCGAGCCUCCUUAACGCGCCGCAGCCGCCCGCAGCAGGUGUCCACCUUCGCCCUGACGCUGUACCAGCACCGCGCCCGCGUGGGCGGCCAGGAGGUCCGCGUGGACUUCUGGGACACGGCGGGCCAGGAGCGGUUCCGGAGCAUGCACGCCUCCUACUACCACCAGGCCCACGCCUGCAUCAUGGUGUUUGAUGUGCAGCGGAAGGUCACCUACAAGAACCUGAACAGCUGGUACAAGGAGCUGAGGGAAUUCCGCCCAGAGAUUCCAUGCAUUGUAGUGGCCAACAAGAUUGAUGCGGAUAUGAAGGUCACCCAGAAAAGCUUCAAUUUUGCCCGGAAGUUCAGUUUGCCCUUUUACUUUGUGUCUGCUGCCGAUGGCACCAACGUGGUGAAGCUCUUCAACGAUGCCAUCAGACUGGCCGUGGCUUACAAGCAGCACUCGGGAGACUUCAUGGACGAGGUGCUGCGGGAGCUGCAGAGCUUUGACCUGCAGAACACAAGCGAGGAUUUGUCGGAUAAAGGGAAGAGCUGCACUGAAGAGGAGCCCUCGUCUGCCUAGGCCUGGACUCGUAGCCUGGUUUUCCCUUGGCUCUGGACUUCUGGGGCCUGCACAGAGGAUGGUGAUGUUUCUCCUGCCCUAGAGCUGUGGCAAAGGGCAGCUGGGCCUCUUCCCUUCUUGUGGGAGCCUGCCUGGGCAGCAUCUUCAUUGGCUCAGCCCUCAGCGCUGCACAUUUCACUCAGGGCAGGGAUGGGAGAAUCCACGUGAUUCCACAUGGAUUGUCACUCAAUCCUACUGCUCCUUCAGGACAGAGCUGGCUAGAAGAAGUGAGCUCUCUUGGACCUGCAGGAAGGAUCCUGCCCAGAUGCUGUAGUGGUACCUGCUGCAGAAAACAAACACUAAAGGAUAUUUUUUACAAAGCUA